AUGGUCUCUGCAAGACCUUUGGAAGGCAAAUUGGCUGUAAUUACUGGUGCUUCACGAGUCAAAGCAGAUCUGAGUGUCGAUGGCGCGCCCGAGUCGUUUGUUGAGGACAUCAAGGCAAGGUUACAGGAUGUUAAUGGGAGUUUCAUGGUCGAUAUUCUCAUCAACAAUGCAGGCAUGGUCCAUAAUGCCGACUUGGGCGAGGUCACAGUCGCCGACUUCUUGAAGGUGUACAGAAUCAACGCGCUAGCACCACUGAUGCUUACACAGGCAGUCAUGCCUUAUUUACCAACAGAUCGCAGUGGGCGUAUCGUUAAUGUCUCAUCCGUAUCUUCGCAGACAGGCUUUACCGACCAGAGCAUCUAUGGCGGCUCUAAGGCAGCGCUUGAGUCUUGCACUCGAUCCUGGGCGCGGCAGUUGGUCGAGCGCUGCACCGUCAAUGCUAUCAAUCCGGGACCGGUCAAGACGGAGAUGUGGGGAGGGCUUGAGGAUUCGUUCUACAAGAUGAUGAAUCCCUACAUCAAGCUUGCUCCAACCAUGGCGGUGCGUGAUGACGACGACGACGAGACAAAGGAGGUUGGCAAGACGCUUGGGGGUCGGCCGGCCGAGGCCCGCGAGAUUGCCGGAAUCAUUGGCAUGCUCUGCUCGGCAGAGAGCGCAUGGUGUACGGGCCAAGUUAUCUGCGCUAAUGGUGGCAUGAGAAUGAGUGAUUAG